GCCGCGGCGGCCGCUGGCGGCGAAGUCCGCGCGGUCUCGGUCGGACGGCACGGAACACGUUCGCGAGACGAGAACGACGCUGCAGCGGCAGCCGGGCCCUGAAGUUGCUGCGCGCGGCACGAGGAGGCCAAUGGACGCCGGCUCUCUGGGCAGCUGCAGCAGCGGAGGCGGCACGCCGUCGCCGCCGACGCUCACGUUCGGCUCGCCGGUGGCCACCGCGCACUCGCCGUCGGCCCGCGGCGGCUCCAGCCCCAAGUCGGGCCUCGGCUCGCUGACGCCGACGCGCUCGACACCCGAGAGCCCGCUGGGCGCAGCUUUGCCACCGCCCCCGCCGCCACCCAAGCAGACCGGCUACGGCGUGUUGCACGCGCUCAACGGUGGCCGCGCACUGUACGGGAGCAUGCGGCCACCGCCGUCACCGCCGGGCAUCCCGUCGGACGCGUCGGCCACCGACUGUCGCCUGAUCGACUAUCGCGGCGCCAAGGUGGCCGCGUUCCUGGUGAGCGGCGAGUACCUGCUGUGCCUGCCGCAGGCGUUCGAGCUGUUCCUCAAGCACCUCGUGGGCGGACUACACACGGUGUACACCAAGCUCAAGCGGCUCGACAUCACGCCCAUCGUGUGCAACGUGGAGCAAGUGCGAAUCCUGCGCGGACUGGGCGCCAUCCAGCCCGGCGUGAACCGGUGCAAGCUGCUGUCGUGCAAGGACUUCGACGCCCUCUACAAGGACUGCACCACUGCCAGAUCUGCGAGUCGACUGUGGAACGCUGCCUCUCUCAUGGGUGCUGGCUCUAGUCCUGCAAAUGCCAGCUAUCCGUUCCUGUCACAAGAGAAGAGGUACCCUGGAGAGGAUGCAUCUAUCCAGUCUCGGUCUAGAAACCAAGCCCGGCCGCCCAAGCGUUCCUCGAUGAUGUCGAUGAGUCCGAGCAAUGGGAGUCCGCUGGGCAUGAUGAGCAAGAAGGGCCGCCUGGACGACUAUCCGGGAUACGAGAACGGACACUUGGCAGCCGAACAAGCGGACAAGCCUCACCACGGUGGCGGUGGGGGCGCCCUGCUGCCCAACGGGUUCAGCCCGCAGCAGGCGGCGGCAGCGGCGGCCGCGGCGCACCUGAACGCCACGCUGCCCUUCCUCGCCCUUGGCUCGCACCCGCACCCGGGCGGGCUGCUGAGCGCCGCCAUGGGGAUCCCUCUGCCGGGAGCCACGCCGCACCACCCGCUGGGAGGCGCAGCGCCCUCGCGCACCGACCACCACCUCGCCAAGGCCGCGCCGCCUCAGCUGGACCCGCAGGCCGCCCUCAGGUACGCGUUGCGAGACGACGGCGGCAGCGUUAGGGACCGGAACUUUUCGUCCUACGAUGGAAGCCGGCUCAAGGAUUCGGCUGCUUUUGUCAAUGGCGGCCUUCCGGUGCCGGAGUCCAACGGACACGGGCCUCCGGUGCUGAACCUGUCGCAACACGGCCAUCGCAACAGCGCGCCGCGGGACUACCACGACGGCGCGGCGGCCGACGCCGAAGACGACACCGAGGACGACACGGACGACAGGGACCCCGAGCUUAGCGGCGCCGAAGGAAGCAGCAGCCCCGAGCCCCAUGGGGGCGGUGGCGGCCAGGGAGGGCCCAGCAUGGACGAGCGCUACGCCAUGGACGCGGCACUGGGCCUCGGUGCCGUGUCUUCGAUCGAGACGCUCCUGCGUAACAUACAAGGCCUGCUCAAGGUGGCCGCAGACAACGCCAGGCACCAGGACAGGCAGAUCAGCAUCGAGAAAGCCGAGCUCAAGAUGGAAGUGCUGCGAGAACGAGGUCUGCGGGAAAGCCUCGAGAAGCAGCUGACCGAGGAGCAGAGGACGAGAGUGUUGUACCAGAAGCGCCUGAAGAAGGAGCGCCGAUGUCGGCGGCGCAUCCAGGAUCAGCUGGAGCUUGAACAGAAGAAGCGCUCGCAGUACGAGGAAGUUCUACGGAACAGCAUCGCCGCCGACCACCGGUCACCACCCGCGCAACCCCAGCCGCAGCCACAGUCACAGCCGACACAUGCGCAGUCGACGCAACAACUAACGCCGCCUGAACAUGUGGCAUCACCUGACGCAGAAACAGAGCGUCACAGCAGACAAGAAUCUGAGAAAAAAGCCGAGUCCACGACGCCCAUCGGCUAGACCGAGGUCACCUUUGCCUCCCCUUGCGCGCGUCAUCUUUUUCCCUUCUCGCAUCUCUCCGAGACCUGCAGUCCCCGAACCCGCCCUGACCGGAGCCCGGUCAAGCCCCGUGAACUCCCACACGCAGCCAGCGAGAGGGCGCCACCGGAACACUCGAGCUGUGUGCGGUGACUACGCUUAACAGACCGUUCACAUAGCCUGCGGUGCCGCGUGUGCUUCGGGAACGUGCGUCUACCAACGAACGCUGCGUCAACGUUCGCGGUCACCGUGUCCACCUCCGGCUGGCUUAGUGAACGAGCAGCGCCGUGGUGCGGCGGUGGUCCUUGCGUGUACAUACAAUGCCACCACGUCACUACUCGGAGGUACCCUGUGUGUUGUCUCCCCUGGUCGAGUCAUGAACUGUUUUAUUCCCUGGUACUGCGUUUUUGUCAUGCUUCAUUUCUUCUUUAUUAUUGAGCCUCUUUUUUUUUAAAGACAGAUUUCUCGAUCAUGCCGUUUCUGCCAAUCUCCACUGCAGGUGAUCUCUCGUGACAGUUUCUCUUUAAGCACUUAGUCAUAAGCGUUAUUUAAUUCAGGCUAGCCCCUCACUGUGCAAGGAGCACGCAUGUGUAUCAGUUCGGCAAUAUCUAUUCUGAAGCUCGUAUGACUACUCACAGAGGGCGCGACAGCUUGCAAACUAGGAAAAUUUUCGACAAAUCGUGCCGCUACUGCAAAGUGAAGCCUACGAAAGGUUUUACAAAAGUCACAUACAUAAAAAAAAACCUUCUCUUCAUCUUCUUCACUCAUCGGGUCGACGAAAUGACAGCUCCACGCACUCCUUGACACAUAACUUUUUGUUGUAUUCUACCUUGUCAUUUGUAUGUGGACAUCAUAUAUCUCACUUCUGACUUUGGCUCUAUGGUGUUUCGUCCUUCGCCUUCCAAAAGCGCUUGCGUUUCGCGUUAUUUAUGUUUGGUGUUAACCGAUAUAUUGAAAGAGAAAGCGUUGUCGCACUGUUUAUGAAGUUUUCGCGUGUGUGUUUAUGUGCGUGCGCGAGAUUUGUGCGGUGUGGCCGGUUGAGAAGACAAAAGAAUUGUACGCUAUCAUCUCCUCCUCGUCGUUUUCAGAUCAGGCAGGAGGUGCCGGUUUUACGAAUCGAACGACUGAGUGUGUGUUCUUCCCCCUCUCAACUACCUUCCCUUUCUUUUUGUUUUUCGUAGAUGCGCUGGUGUCGGAAGAUCCGGUUCACCUGUGUGUCCGACUCAUGCGCGUUUGUAAACAGAAGGAAACUGAGACCCCUUACGAAACCUCGAAGUCUGUUGGUAGAUAAACGACAGGCAAUGAAAUACAUAAAUCGUUGCGGUACCGCGAUUCUGCUUUCGGGGAGUUCGAGACAGUUUUCACUGAUUCACCAGAGCAAAGCCGCCACGCCCACCCCCGGUUUCAUCGCUUUUUUUUUAUUUGUUGCGGAGUAGAGCGCAAUUGUACGACACCGUACGUAAUGCGACAAGCUAGCGUUACUGAGGACUUGUACAUUCUGCUCGUGUUGACGUGUUCGAGGAACUGUGUGAUUACGUCGCGUGGAACACUGUUGUUGUAGCGGCUUACCUAGUUGUGUUCAACUGUGUGAACAGCACCCAUGUUCUUUUUUUUUAAUAUCUGAGCAAAUGUGAUGCUUUUAUUGACAUGUCAGUGGGCCGGUGUACACUCAUUCUUACUUCUGUUGAAAUUUUCUUCGCGGUAAAAUCCACGCUUGCUCCAGAACCCAGAAGCAGCUCUUUCGACGCACUUGUAUGACUUCAGGAGUGCACGACAAUUCCUGCAACCAUAACAACGCUGCAAACGUCAUUUUAAGUACGUCGUUUCUCUUCUCUUUCUUUUUUGGUAAAGCAGGCUGUACAUCGCGCGGUAAAUAUGUAAAGGCCUCCACUCUUAAUGGAGCACUUCAGCCCAAGUUCGUUAGACCGACGGCUGCCAGCUUUCGUUGGCGGCAAGAUUACCAUACAACGCUUCACGUAUUACGAAAGUAAAUUUCAGAGCCUCAAUAUAGAAAAAAAAAGUGUAUGUAUACGGAGCGAAUAAAAAGAGCACCAUAUUUUCCGCCAUAUAAGCCAAAAAGCCCCUAAACUCCUACUUGUAGCUGAGAACCAGUACGUGAAGCGAAUUUGGCGGCUCGAUAAUUCGAACCAAAACCUCGCAUUACACAUAUGCUGUAUUUCACGGUUACGUUUACACAUCACACGUGCACAAAGGCACAAAAGCUGACACUCUCGAAGAUCCGAGGCCUUUACCAGAUCCGACUUAUAUAUAUAUAUAUAUAUAUAUAUAUAUAUAUAUAUAUAUAUAUAUAUAUAUAUAUAAUUUUUUCCCCAGAUCUGCAUGUGUUGCGCAAACGAAGGCAAAGGAGCGAGUACUGUGGCGCCUCCUAGUGAGCUUAGCUGACACUGAAACGACGUUUCGGAUUUCCGCGAGAGAACCUUCACACUUCGAUCGGUUUCAAAAACGUUGCGCCAUCUAUCGCUAUCAGGGUUCAACACGGGCAAUUGACGUUUGCUUUUGUGCGUCUGUCGAUUGCACGCCCUGAGCAGUUUAUGAAGUGCGGAAGUGCCGUGAAACGACACUUGACUUUGCAUGCAAGCCGAUUACUGGUCCCAUCAGCUCUAAACCCAGACAUUAAAAGGCGCCAUCAUUAAUUUUAUUUAUUGUUCUCUCUUUUUAAUCAAUAAUAUGCAAGAAGUGUUAGGCAGUUCAUUGCUUGCUACUGUGUCUGUCUGAUGCCAAUUAUGGUCGGCAAUUAUUGAAUGACUUUUUUUUUAUGCUAAUCGUAAGUUCAAAUGAAGUGCGUUGCCUAACUUCAUAUCUCCAUUUGCUGUUUGCUUCAAGGUUAUGUUGCCGCCUAUGCUUGCUCUGACCCGACCUUAAGGUAAACAAACGUAUGUGCGUCGUACAUGAAUCUCUACUGCCAUAGCUUCAUUAACGCAAAAUGCCCACACCGAGGUAAAACGGUUGAAGGAAAUAUGUCUUAACAGGUCUGUGUCUCUGUGAUUGCUACACAUUUAUCCAAAUGGAAGCAGCUUUCAGUAUUUUUAAAACUCUUGGACUUGAUGUCGCGACUAGCGCUUCAAGAGACGAUUGCGUUUUGUGACCUGCGGUGCACUGAGUGCGAGAAAUCAUCAAUUGGCGUUUGGAAUGCACAGCAAAUUCAACUUAUUGUGUUCUUCUUCUCCCACGCCUUCUGAAUACAUGUUCUCUAGCAUACUUGUCGUUGUUGACAAUUAUUAUCGUUAUUAUUCAUUACAAGCUGUCAUCGACAAUUCCUCGCGUACUCGGCUCACUCCAUGUUGCUUCCAACCAAUACCAACAACGGCGGAGUCAGCUAGGCCUCGUCGUUUUCCUGUGUCAAUGUGCGGGUGAGGUUUGUGUGCCAUGAUAGAGACCAAAACGCUGUGUUGUUCCCUUCCGCGCUAGGAGCGCUCGAGGUUAUCGUAUGGUCUCAAGAUAAAUAAAACACAAAUGGUUUGAAGGAGUGUAAUCACAUAAGAAGAUGUAUUUAAAUGACAUCGCGUGUGCGUGUGUGUGUGAGAGAGAAAGAUUGAAUUAUGUAUACUCGCCUUAAGUAGCGUCUUGUUAAUGGCGUGUUACGCGGUAACGGAGUCGUUGAAAGCUUGAGAGGCGACAAAAGAUACAAAGAAAGAUGUGAAAAAUUAUUGAAUAUGUGUUUAUUUCAUUUCUUUUUCUCGAGUUCAAAUAUAACAUCAUUUUAAAACACUG